GAUGGCUUCCGGCCGGCGGAGUACGAGUUGUGUUUAUUUUCAGCGGACAGCUUGCAAGCUGUUCGACUCUUGGACAUUUCGCUUUUAUGUGAAACUAACGUUUCUGGCCUUCGAUUGAAACAGGCCAUCGAGAAUUUCUCGCGUCGAUCAACAUCGCUUCGAAUCUUCGUUGCCCUGGUACGAAUAAUAAUGUUGAUCAAAGAAUACAGAAUUCCUCUGCCGAUGAGCGUGGAAGAGUAUAGGAUAGCUCAGUUGUAUAUGAUCCAGAAAAAGAGUCGGCUGGAUAGUGUUGGUGAAGGCAGCGGAGUGGAGAUUCUUGAAAAUACUCCUUACACAAAUGGCCCUGGAGGAAAUGGACAAUACACAAAAAAAAUCUAUCACAUUGGAAACCAUUUGCCCAGCUGGCUGAAAGCAAUUCUGCCAAAGGCAGCUUUAAGAGUUGAAGAAGAGGCAUGGAAUGCCUAUCCAUAUACCAAGAUGAGGACAACAUGUCCUUUUGUAGAGAAGUUUUUUGUUGAUGUAGAAACAUAUUAUUACCCUGAUGCUGGACAGCAGGAAAAUGUAUUUAAUUUAUCACCAGUGGACUUACAGGGAAGGGAAGUAGAUAUAAUUGAUCCAAUUAAGGAUCAAGUGUCCUCCUCAGACUACUCUGAAGAAGAGGAUCCUUUGUUGUAUCAAUCUACCAAAACAGGGCGGGGCCCUAUGAAGGAGAACUGGCUGGAGCAGUACAGAGUAGACAAGCCUCCAUCUGAUGUGAUGUGUGCAUACAAGCUAAUAAAGGUUGAGUUUAGAUACUGGGGAAUGCAGAAUAAAAUCGAACAUUUUAUUCACUCGAGUCUGCGUCGCCCGAUGCUAAUGGGGCACAGACAAGCUUGGGUGUGGCAAGACGAGUGGUUCGGACUGACAAUCGAGGAUAUAAGAAAGUUAGAAGAAGAAACACAAAGGGUGUUAGCCAUAAAAAUGUGUAGAUUGUCCGAUCAUGGUAUAUCUAACACUGCUUCUGAUAGAGACAGCGACCAGGAGGUGGGCUUUGCAAACGACAAAGGCCGAGGCAGUGUUGUUUAUGUCCAAGAAAGCAAUAGUGCCUCCAGGUUAGAACUAAUUUCUAAAGCUUCGCUCGACGAAAACGAGAGCACUAUCUCUCCUUCACCCGUCGCAAUCACAGUGGAAAAAUUCGGAUUUGAUAACGAAGAUAACGCAAGGAACUCGAACGGUGUGGAAUGCAAUGGCUUAGCUCAGACAGACCUAAUGAGUUCUAACGCUGAGAAACGAUUGUCACGUACAGAUAUGUUAAAAGGUUGGCAUAUGAGUACAAUUGAAGCCAAUGAUUCGGAUUCAGCAGAUGAUGAAUUUUUCGACGCUCAAGAGGAAUUUGAGGAGCAUGCUUUUAGCUCGAAUCUGCUGACCAUACGUAACGUGGAACUGGGUAACAGUUUCAAGAGUUUGGAGUUGGACACAGAUUCUUCUCGGGGCAGUAGAGAGUCGUUAGACUCACUGGCAUCUGAACAGAGCGUAGAUAAGUCACCUCGGCUCUUAAGAAAACAAAAACUUUGCAAGAAAGUUAGUGAUACUUCGACAUGCUCGUUACCAGCCUCUCGCAUCACAAAUCUCAUUCUGGUCAUUAACGGCGGCACGCAAUUAGACACUGGACUGGAGCCUUCGUCGCGUGAAAUGGACUUUAAACUACUCCAGGAUGCAUUUGAGGCUGUGAUAAACUCACACUACAGAGGAGCGGAAGGAAGGAUCGCACUGAGACUCGUGGAGUGCCCUGCCAUUUGCUCCAAGGCUCUUAAUCUGUUGUCUCAGCUGUGUCCCUAUUCAGAAGGUGACUCGGAUGUGGCAAGUGUAAACAGUGGCUUCACCCCAGUCUCCAGUAAUUUUCCUCUCAGUGCGAUAUCGCUGAUGGUUUCGUCGUCCCCUUUUUAUGACGAGGCAGUGAACUCCAUGGUAGCUGCCACAAACAUGGUGUACAGAGAGUUCUUGAAGUCGGACGAGGGCCAAGGCUUUCGUGGAGAGGUUUGCCUCCUCGGCGACUGUAUAGGAGCCCUUCUCGCUUACGAUGCCCUAACCUCUGGUGUCAACACCACGCAUAGCCGCACUCAGAGUUUCAUCACAAACACGUCGACACUUUCCCCGAAAGCUGCGUCAUUCGCUGCAAGGCAAAAUGCAGACUCAAACGGCGGUGUGAUGAGGAAACCUCGGCGGAUCAGUAGUCACACUCCUCCCUGCAAGAGCAGUCUGGAGAAUUCUCACAACCUUAGGCUGAGCCUGAGCAGCGGAAACAUUCGAGAAAAUGUUGACCCCGAGACAGACGAGAUGAUUACUGCUCCGCCAGUGGAUGAGUUGGAAGACAACGCUAUAAUCUCACCUAGCCUUCUCAGCAGGGCGGCCAGACAGCAUACGUUUAGCUUCGACACUAUGUCCUUGUCGGUAGAGUCAGUGGACAACGUGAUGUUCGAUUUUGAAGUUAGCAAAUUUUUCGCGUUUGGUUCGCCCAUUGGACUUGUGUUAGCAUAUCGAAGGUUCUUGAAUGGGGAAGACAGAGGAGGUCUUGCUCUUCCGCCCAAACCUGCUUGUAACCAGGUUUACAACCUGUUUCAUCCGUUUGACCCAUCAGCAUCCCGAAUCGAGCCUUUGAUCGUGAGUCAGUUUUCCCAAAUUCCGGCCGUUAAAGUACCUCGUUAUCACCGAUUCCCACUGGGUGAUGGCCAAUCACACGUACUCAGCAACGUCAUCGGUGCUUACCCAGAGUUGUUUGUUCCCCAACCGCCUUUAACCCCUAGUUCCCGGUCCUUUACGGGCAUGGUUCAACGAGAGAGCAACUUGAGCACGAUAAGUCUGGUGUCUAGUGACAGUUCUGGAGGGGCAGAUCUGGAUAUGGCUGUUCAAAACUGGUGGGGGAUCAAGCGCGUGGACUACGCGCUGUAUUGUCCCGAGGGACUUCAACAGUUUCCCACAGCUGUACUCUCGCCUCUCUUCCAUGUCAGUUAUUGGGAGUCUAAUGACGUGGCUGCGUUCGUCGUCAGACAGAUUCUUCAUGGGGAAUGGGACAUUUCAAGUGCGUCUUCUCCCAGCAGAAAGUGUCAGACGUUUUGUCCCUCCCAACCCAGAGAGAAGUGGUUGAAACGGAGAACUGCCAUAAAAAUCAAGAACCUGAACGCCAACCAUAGAGCCAAUGAUUUGGUAACCCUUGAAGGUCUUGACCAGGUUCUCACGGCCAGGUUCAUGUAUGGACCUCUAGAUAUGGUAUCUCUGAGCGGUGAGAAGGUCGAUAUUUAUGUAAUGACCGAACCUCCCUCGGGAGAGUAUGUUUUAUUCGACACCGUGAUUACCGGAAGCGGAGGAAGGCUAUCGUGUACUAUUCUUGAAGAGAAGAAACUUCCGGUUGGCAUUUACCCAGUAAAGUUGGUCGUCAGAGGUGAUCAUACCUGGGUAGACAGUAACGUGGCCGUUUUGCCGCCUAAGACUGAGGCUGUGGUUUUCAGUAUCGACGGCUCGUUUGCGGCCAGCGUCUCCAUUCGUGGUAAAGACCCAAAGGUCCGCGCAGGCGCCGUGGAUGUCGUUAGACACUGGCAGGAGUUAGGAUUCCUAAUCGUUUACGUCACAAGUCGGCCUGAUUUUCAGAAAAUUAAAGUCAUGUCUUGGUUGGCGGAGCACAAUUUUCCGUAUGGUCUGGUUUCUUUUGGGGAUGGAAUCUCAAAAGAACUUCAGAAACAUAAAACUGAGUUUCUUCGAUACCUUGUUAAUGAUUGUCAAGUACAGAUUCACGCUGCGUACGGAUCAGUAAAAGACAUAUCGGUGUAUUCGUCAAUUGGAGUCCAACCACAUCAGAUAUACACAGUGGGAAAAUACCAUCCAAGGAAAUACUCCAAACAAACUCAGUUCCUAAAAGACGGUUACGCAGCUCAUUUGACUGCGCUCACUACACAAACUAUUUCAAGGCCUGCAGUGGGAAAUUCUCGUUUGAUCCUUAGGCGCGGUUGUUUUGGCCUUCCCUCGCGUGUGUCUAAGACAAGACACAGGCUAAAACGGUCAAUUUCAGACAAACCUUCGUUUGAAUCUGAUAAGGAUUGCUCGACAAUAUCAGGAUCGUUCAAUUACUCUUCCUUUAGACAGACUAAGGGGCGGUCGGUGAGUAAGUUUAAUGAACAGUAGUUGAGGAAAAUCACUCUUAAAGUCAGUAACUUGUAGAGGAUUGCAUUUAAGAGAGGGAUUGUACAUAUAUACAGAGAUCAUUUUCAUUUGAGUGCGCGGUUUUGCGAAGAUCUCAGGGCUUCUCCUCAAGUGUCUCACGUCUGAGACACAUGUUUUACAUACCAAGUGACUUACGUUUCAGCCAGAUCUCUCGAAAAAAGCGUGUUCGUUUGAACAUGUUCGGCUUCCUUUUUCUAGUGAGUUGAACCGAUGCCUCAAAGUCCGUGGUUCGAGUCCCAGGCCACCCUUGUAAGUAGCGAACUAGUUUUGCCAUCUCGAAUGGGAGACUGGCAACCAUUGUUAUGCUUACAUAACACUGAUUUUGUGGCACUUACUUUCUUGGCCUGACUGGCAUUGAGCUUCUGAAAUUGUUUUGAGAUUUCACGCUUCCUCCUGUCUAUAUCGUAAACUUUGGGUUAUUUAGAUAAAACUGUGUGUAAGUCAACAUUUCUGCGCUGUUGACAAAGUGUAGUGAAACCCUCUAUUCAUGGGACACUAACUCAGAUUUUUACAAAACCGUUUUAUUUAGGAUUUUCAUUGAACAAAGGCACAUCUUUUCAGGGGUGUUUCCCUUCGUGUGUUUUGUGUUAGUGUAUGCUGUUUCACACUGUGUUUAACAGUUAACCUGUAAGAGAUGUCGGCGAUUUAGAAUAGCAAAGUUGUAACCACGAAAUAAUUAUUGAUUAACAAAGAAUGAAAGAGUAACCAAUGAAUAUUAUGUUAUGUUAUUUAGCUGUCAAUUAUCUGGCUGGUCCAUACAUAGACAUGUAUUUUUACUUAUAGUGUAAUAUUAUUGCAGAACAUAUGCCGUUAUUAUAGUUUAUCUAUGUCCAGACUUGACUGUCUUGUAAUAAGGAAGAAAUUUAACUUAAUCGAAUAGCGUCGAACA